AUGAUCGCGAGAUUAAUUGGGCGUUCUCAAAAACCCGACGGCGGGGGGAAAGCCACUCGAGUGCUGCCUACCUCCCUGCUUCGCUCAGUCCUCCGCCGAGCCGGAGCCAGCGCAUCCAUGGUGCCCACGGCUCUCGGGGCUCUCCUGGCCCUGCUGCCGCUGGCCUCGGCGCUACAGAGCCCAGGUGCCCAGCACGAGCCUGCCCUGCGCCGCCUGGCCCAGCACCUCCUGGCCCGCUACCAGAAGGGCACCCGGCCUGUGCGGGACUGGCGAACCACCACCAACGUGGCCAUCGACCUCAUGGUCUACGCCAUCCUCAGCGUGGAUGAGAAGAACCAGGUGCUGACCACCUACAUCUGGUACAGGCAGCACUGGACAGACGAAUUCCUCAAGUGGGACCCAGCUCGCUUCGACAACCUGACGCAGAUCUCCCUCCCUGUAGAGAGCAUCUGGGUGCCUGACAUCCUCAUCAAUGAGUUUGUGGAUGUUGGAAAGUCCCCACACGUCCCCUACGUUUACGUCAGCCAUCACGGGGAGGUGCAGAACCUCAAACCCAUCCAGGUGAUGACCGCCUGCAGCCUGGACAUCUACAACUUCCCCUUCGACGUCCAGAACUGCUCUCUCACCUUCACCAGCUGGCUGCACCACAUUCGUGAUAUCAACCUCUCGCUGUGGCGGCAGCCGGAGCUCGUCAAGUUCGACCGAAGCGUCUUCAUGAACCAGGGCGAGUGGGAGCUGCUCUAUGUCCUCAGCCACUUCCAGGAGUUCAGUGUCAAGAGCAGUGACAGCUACGCUGAGAUGAAGUUCUAUGUAGUCAUCCGGAGACGCCCCCUCUUCUACACCGUCAGCCUGCUGCUCCCCAGCAUCUUCCUGAUGGUUAUGGACAUUGUGGGCUUCUACCUACCUCCCCACAGCGGUGAGAGGGUCUCUUUCAAGAUCACUCUCCUGCUGGGCUACUCGGUUUUCCUCAUAAUUGUAUCCGACACAUUGCCAGCUACUGCCGUCGGCACGCCGCUGAUAGGCAUCUACUUUGUGGUGUGCAUGGCACUGCUCGUCAUCAGCCUGACAGAGACCAUCCUGAUUGUGCGCCUGGUACACAAGCAAGACCUGCAACCCCACGUGCCUGAGUGGCUGAAACACCUGCUGCUGGAAAAAGCUACCAUCCUGCUUUGUAUCCGGGACAGGAAGAAAUUCAGACCAAGCAGGAUGCAAAGCUUGGACACCUCCAGGCAGGUGGAGAACAAUGACAGCACAGGUAAGGCCAAGCCGAGCCCCUACGUCUGUGACGACCCCCGGGAGUGCGAGGCAGCGGGGGGCACGAGGUCUGCACUGGCCUUUGCUGGCCGGACGGAGGGCUCAGCAGCACUGCAGGAGGUGCUGCGUGAGGCCACGGCUAUCCGCCAGCUCCUGGAGAAACGGGAGGAAUUCCGCGACGUCGCCCGUGAGUGGCUGCAAGUGGGCUACGUGUUGGAUAUCCUGCUGUUCCGGGUGUACCUGGCAGCCGUCCUGGCUUACAGCAUCACACUGGGCACCCUCUGGUCGGUGUGGAGGGAUGCCUGAGCAGAGUCUGUGUUUCAGGGCGGGAGAGAGGGGAUCUCACUCUGGUGGGCUCUCCCAGGCUCUGGGAUUCACCCGUGUCUGCCGACCCAGGCGGACGCAUCCCUCACGUCCCUCAGCUCCGCAGCGAGAACGCGGAGCUGAGCAGGAUCCCCCAGGACCCCACGACCCUGCCCAAACCUCUCCCCAUGCUUCCCAAACUCUCCCCGUGCUUCCCCUGCCAACCCCGGGAGAGCCCCCGGCCCGG